AUGAAGUUCAAAUACCUUUCAUUCAUCAUAUUGACAUUUUUUUCGCUCUUAAUAUGGUUCUCCCACUUAUCGAACUUCACCUGUACAUCAUCAGCUAAUCUUCCGAUAUGUAUGCCACAAUACAUUUUCCAUUUCAAAGACGAUACGCCCACCUCAAGAGUAUUAUUUGGCACAGUUAAAGAAUUCUUUUCACUCUUGUCGUUUUUUACAUUAGACUUCAACUGGGACAUAGACUUAAAUGAUUUACAUGAAAAGUAUAACCAGUCAGACCUAAUCAAUGUUUUCCAUCCAUCAAAUGUGUAUUAUGUUAAUGCGUUCGGUUAUUGUAAGGAGCAAACUCACGAUGCAAAGCUCGAUCGUUACUGCAUGGACAACACUAAUGGUUUGAACAUAAUAUCUGUUUUGGUUAGAGAUUUGGGGUUUCAAUUUGGUGUACUCUCUGAAAAUAAUGUCAAGAUCACCAGUGACUCUUUUUGGAUUAUUUACCAGACGUUAGUCUCUUCAUUCAACAAAUUUUUGGAAGACGACAAACGCGGGAACACAUUGUUGAAAAUGAUAACACCCAAUGACCCGGAAGAGAUGGAACAAUUGAAGACGAAACUAUGGAUCGUAAACAUAUAUGAUACAGUAAAUAUCAUUCUAAAAUGGACAGUUGUUACAAAUUGCAUUCUAGCAUCGUUGUGUUUGAUGCUUUUACUAUUUUGGAUAUAUAUGAAGAUUGAACAUAAAAAGAACCAAAGCCCCAUAAAACAAUUGAACUGGAAUGUCAACUCUAUAUGCAUUGCGACACGCUGGAUUAGCGUUUCUAAUGUGAUAAUAACCUUCUUGUACAUUCUUCACAUUUUGAUGUUGGCAUUCAUGAUUAACUGUUUCCGCUAUAAAAGACUACAGAUCAUACAUGCAUCACUUGGAAGCGGCGCAUGGUUUCACAUUUCAAGGUUCUUUGUUGAAUUAAUAUUCGCGAUUUUAUGCUUCAAGUGGAUGAGGUCUGAGGCUGCAGUAACAGCAGAGACACCCACUGGUUCGGACCCGGGUUCAGGUUCAGGUUCAGGUUCUACACCAAUAGACAAUGAUCAAGAAAAGGAAACCGACGAUAACUACAGCGUACUAAAUCCAGCUAGUGGUGUAACUGCAGUAGAUGGGUAUCUAUCCACUGUAUAA